AUGACAGGUCCUUACUGCUGUUCAUCUUCACAUUUAAAACUAUAUCAGAAAAUAGAGAGAAGAAUGAGUGAUAAAAGAGUAUGGUAUAUAACAGGAGGAUCAACAGGAUUUGGAUAUGUUUUGACAAGACUAUUACUAAGACAAGGUGAUUGUGUCGCAGUCACCACUCGUAACAGUCAAUCACUCAAAGAAAAGAUUCAAAAUGAUCAUCAAACCACUCUACUAUCACCAAUUACUGAUGACAUUAUCAAUAACCAACUAUUGAUUGUUGAAGUAGACCUUGGUAAUGAAGCAUCGGUAGCAUCAUCGGUAUCACAAACCAUCCAACAAUUUGGUAGAUUAGAUGUAGUUGUAAAUAAUGCUGGUUAUCUUCAUAUUGGUUCAGUUGAAGAAACAAGUGACGAUGAAUAUAGAAAGAUAUUUGAUAUUAAUUUCUUUGGUAUGUUGAAUGUAUUGAGAGCGACAUUACCUCAUCUAAGAGAGUAUACGAAAUCUAGUAGAUAUGGAUCUAGAGUAUACAAUAUAUCAUCGAUUGCUGGUAUAUUGAAUCUGUCGGCUGGCAGUUCACCAUACAGUGCCACUAAAUUUGCAAUGGAAGCAGUUAGUGAAUCAUUGUACCUCGAGAUGAAACCACUCGGUGUAUACGUAACCUGUGUCAAACCAGGAUACUUUUUAACAUCGCUAAAGAGUUCUACUUGUGUCACAAAGACCAAGGAUGAUGCACCUCCAAGUGUCUAUAGCAACGUGCAAGAGGCAAUCAACAACAUACCAAACUGGGAGUUCCCAGGUGACCCUGAAAAGGCAAUGAACAUACUUAUCGACAUAUCGAAACAACCCUCUCCACCUCUCCACCUAUUCCUCGGUAGUGAAACCAUCGAUCUAUUCAAUUCAAAGACACAAUCGAUUCAAAAUGAUCUUGAAACCUAUAAACAUUUCACCAUUUCAACAAAUUUUAAUAAUAAUACUAUUAAUCCAAUUAAUAAUAAUAAUAAACAAAAUAGUUGA